AUGUGGCUCUUGGAGAAAGCCGGCUACAGGCUGGGGGCCCCGGAGUCCGGGCCCCGAUGGGCGCCGUCCAACCUGCUCCCCAAGCGCCGAGCCCGGGGCCCGCCCGCGCGCGCCUGUCCUAACGUCCUCACCCCCGACCGCAUUCCGCAGUUCUGCAUCCCUCCCCGGCUCCCAGACCCCGGCGGCGCCCAGCCCCCGGCUGGGCGAGGCCUCCCCGCGGCCUGUUCGCUGCCGCACCUGGCGGGCCGCGAAGGCUGGGCCUUCCUGCCUGAGAGCCCGCACACUCGCCGGCGCGAGUCCCUGUUCCACCCGCCGCCCCCCGCCGCCGCCAGGGGGCUGUCCCCGGCGCACGCCCGGCUGCACGUAUCCGCCCCGGACCUGCGCCUCUGCCGGGCCCCCGACAGCGACACGGCCUCGUCGCCCGAGUCGUCGCCCUUGGGCUCACCGCGGCCAGACCCCGGCCGGCCCCGGCCGCGCUCGGCGGGCCCGGAGGAGGCGAGCUCCGCCCGCACCAGCCCGCACGCGCCGCGCCGCGCGGGGCCGCCGCUCUUCCACCCGGACUUCCCGUGCUGCCGGCUGCGGCCCACCAAGGAGAGCGUGCUGCGCCUCGCGCCCCGAGGCGGCCAGCUGCGGCUCUCCGCCGAGUACCUGGCCGGGCCCGGGCGGCUGCGCCUGCGCCUGGUGAGCGCCGAGGGCCUGCCGCGGUCGCGGGCCGGGCCCGGGAGCGGCGGCGGCGGCUGUUGCGUGGUGCUGAGGCUGUGGCCGCGCGUCCUGCCGCGGGGCCAACGGAGCCGCGUGGUCAAGUGCAGCGCCAACCCCAUCUUCAACGAGGACUUCUUCUUCGACGGGCUGGGGCCGCCAGACCUGGUGGCCCGCAGUCUGAGGGCCAAGGUGCUAGACCGGGGCGCGGGCUUCCGCCGAGAUAUCCUGCUGGGAGAGUGUGAGACGCCUCUUAUGGCCCUGCUGCCCCCCUUGGGUGGGGAGCUGGGUCCGGGGGCCUCCCUGGCGCCUGGCCAUCUCAGUCCAUAG